GCUUGUCCGGGACGAUUCCCUCCUUCGAGUCCUCACUGUCGUGUCGAGUCUCACAGAUAGUAUCACAUUAUGGAGGCACCCAAGAACGAUGAACUCUCGCUCUCCAAGAUCGUCGAUGUCGAGACGAUCUCCUGCAAAGCGGUGCCUGACUCCCCUGUCAGACAGGCUGAGUCGCGUCGCCUUCUGCGAAGAAUCGAUGCCUUGUUAGUACACUUUUCUCAUAAAUGAUCCAGGACUGACCAUCUCAGUAUGCUCCCUGUGCUCGUGAUCUCCUACAUGCUGCAGUACUUGGACAAAGCCACCAUGAGCAACGCCGCGAUCCUCGGACUGCGUACUGACUUGCACCUCACCGGCUCUGAAUACUCCUGGGCCUCGAGCAUAUUUUAUUUCGGCUACCUGGCAGCUUCGGGCCCUAUUGCACUCUUGAUCGUGCGAUUCCCCAUUGGUAAAUUCAUGGCUGUUUCUGUGGCUGUCUGGGCAGCUGUUCUCUGCUGCAUGGCGGCAACUCACAACGCCGCCGGACUGCUAGCGACGCGAUUCUUCCUAGGAUUUGCCGAGGCGGCAGUGGCACCCGGGUUCAGCAUCAUCACCUCGAUGUGGUAUCUGCGAUCCGAACAGCCAGUCCGCCAUGGCGUGUGGUUCCUGGGGAACGUCAUCUCCGGCCUGUUCAGCGGACCGUUGAUGUAUGCGUUCGGACAUGUCCAUAGUUUUCCCCCAUGGCGACUUGUCUUCAUUGUUUUCGGCGCCAUAACAUUCGUCUGGGGCAUCUGUCUGAUCUUCCUCCUCCCCGACUCGCCAGCCCAGGCUUGGUUCUUAUCCGACGUCGACAAAGUCAGCGCAGUCAACCGCCUGAAAGAAGACAUUACCGGCACCAAACACUCCAAAUGGAAGAAAGAGCAGAUGUUCGAGGCCCUCCGAGACCCAAAGGCCUGGCUUGCCGUUCUCAUCAUGCUAUGUGCCAACAUCCCCAACGGAGGAAUCAGCAGCUUCGCCUCGAUCGUCAUCGAAGGAAUGGGCUUCUCCACCGACAAGACCUUCCUCGUCAGUAUGAUUGUCACCGGCUUCCAGGGUUUCUUUGUCGUCGUCUCAACCCUCGGGAGCACGUACUUGCCCAACACCCGCACGAUCUGGAUGACGAUUUGUUCGGCCAUCGCGCUGGUCGGAGCCGUUGUGAUCCGCCAGGUUGAUAACUCGCACAUCUGGGCCCGGUAUUCGGGGUAUUGUCUGCUGUCAGCAUAUACGGCGAACUUCCCGCUGCUGUUGUCGCUGAAUGCGUCGAAUAUUGCGGGUAUCACGAAGAAGACGACUGUUAAUGCUAUGUGCUUCAUCGCCUACUGCACCGGCAACAUCAUCGGCCCGCAGUUAUUCUUCGCUGAUCAGGCACCGAGCUACCCGUCCGGGUUCGCGGGGAUGAUGGUCUGUCUUGUUCUGGACAUUGGCUUCAUCCUGGCGAUGAGAGGGUAUCUAACCUGGGAGAAUAAGCGUCGUCGGGCCCGGAUGCCAGUCGGGCAGGAACAGGAUGAUGUCGCGGAUUUGUAUCUGCUGGAUCGGACGGACGGGGAGAUGGAGGGGUAUCAGUAUGUUUAUUGA